AAACCCAGUAUAUAAACCUAUGUCAAAUACUUCUUUAUUUUUGAUACUAGUUCAAAAUAUUGGUGACUUUUUUAGAUAUGAAUAUCUCAUAUGUAUCUUUUAGAAAUUAUCAGAGUUAUAAAAUAAUAUUUGGGAGGUAAGGAAGGCACUAGACAUAAGAAACUUGUGUAGACAAAUACUUUGUCACCAAAGUUGUAUAUUUAAAAGUCCCUAUUCUUUGUCUCUUAUCAAUUCAAAAUUAAUUCACUAGAAAACAAUUUUCCUCAACAUUUAAUCCCUAGUUGUUCAUCUUUUUCACUAGUUUGUAUUGCAUUACUCAUUGCUUCAUAGCUAAACUCUGUUUAAAUCUGUUAACUGAAAUGAUUUUAAAAACCUUUUGGUGGAGCGCUGCGGAGGGCGCGUGCGGGCCGCCGCCGCCGAACAAAGGAGCAGGGGCGCCGCCGCGGGGACCCGCCACCCACCUCCCGGGGCCUCACCGCGGCCUCCCGUCCACCGCCACCAUGACCGCCAACGGCACAGCCGAGGCAGUGCAGAUCCAGUUCGGCCUCAUCAACUGCGGCAACAAGUACCUGACGGCCGAGGCAUUCGGGUUCAAGGUUAACGCGUUGGCCAGCAGCCUGAAGAAGCAGCAGAUCUGGACGCCGGAGCAGGCCCCUGACGAGGCGGGCAGCGCGGCCGUGUGCCUGCGCAGCCACCUGGGCCGCUACCUGGCGGCGGACAAGGACGGCAACGUGACCUGCGAGCGCGAGGUGCCCGGUCCCGACUGCCGCUUCCUCAUCGUGGCGCACGACGACGGCCGCUGGUCGCUGCAGUCCGAGGAGCACCGGCGCUACUUCGGAGGCACCGAGGACCGCCUGUCGUGCUUCGCGCAGACGGUGUCCCCCGCCGAGAAGCGGAGCGUGCACAUCGCCAUGCACCCUCAGGUCAACAUCUACAGCGUCACCCGUAGGCGCUAGGCGCACCUGAGCCGGCGGCCGGCCGACGAGAUCGCCGUGGACAGCGACGUGCCCUGGGGCAUCGACUCGCUCAUCAUCCUCGCCUUCCAGGACCAGCGCUACAGCGUGCAGACCGCCGACCACCGCUUCCUGCGCCAUGACGGGCGCCUGGUGGCGAGCCCCGAGCCGGCCACUGGCUACACGCUGGAGUUCCGCUUCGGCAAGGUGGCCUUCGGCGGCUGCGAGGGUCCUUACCUGGCGCCGUCGGGGCCCAGCAGCACGCUCAAGGCCGGCAAGGCCACCAAGGCGGGCAAAGACGAGCUCUUUGCCCUGGAGCAGAGCUGCGCCCAGGUCGUGCUGCAGGCGGCCAACGAGAGGAAUGUGUCCACGCGCCAGGGUAUGGACCUGUCUGCCAAUCAGGACGAGGAGACCGACCAGGAGACCUUCCAGCUGGAGAUCGACUGCGACACCAAAAAGUGUGCCUUCCGUACCCACACGGGCAAGUACUGGACGCUGACGGCCACUGGGGGCGUGCAGUCCACCGCCUCCACCCAGAAUGCCAGCUGCUACUUCGACAUUGAGCGGCGUGACCGGCGCGUCACACUGCGGGCGUCCAAUGGCAAGUUUGUGACAUCUAAGAAGAAUGGGCAGCUGGCCGCCUCGGUGGAGACAGCAGGGGACUCAGAGCUCUUCUUCAUGAAGCUCAUCGACCGCCCCAUCAUCGUGUUCCGCGGGGAGCACGGCUUCAUCGGCUGCCGCAAGGUCAGGGGCACCCUGGACGCCAACCGCUCCAGCUAUGACGCCUUCCAGCUGGAGUUCAACGAUGGCGCCUACAACAUCAAAGACUCCACAGGCAAAUACUGGACGGUGGGCAGUGACUCCGCGGUCACCAGCAGCGGCGACCCUCCUGUGGACUUCUUCUUCGAGUUCUGCGACAACAAGGUGGCCGUCAAGGUGGGCGGGCGCUACCUGAAGGGCGACCACGCAGGGGUCCUGAAGGCCUCCGCGGAGACCGUGGACCGCGCCUCGCUCUGGCAGUACUAGGGCCCGCCCGCCCCGCCCUUCCCCGCCCCUGCCCACGUGGCAGCUCCUUCCAACCCUCCCUGCUAACCCCUUCUCCUCCAGGUGGGCUCCCCGGGGCGGGAGGCAAGCCCCUUGCCUUUCAAACUGGAAACCCCAGAGAAAACGGUGCCCCCGCCUGUCGCCUCUAUGGACUCCCCACUCUCCCCUCCGCCCGGGUUCCCUCCUCCCCUCGGGUCAGCGGCUGCGGCCUGGCCCUGGGAGGGAUUUCAGAUGCCCCUGCCCUCUUGUCUGCCACGGGGCGAGUAUGGCACCUCUUUCUUCUGACCUCAGACGGCUCUGAGCCUUACUUCUCUGGAAGCGGCUAAGGGACGGUUGGGGGCUGGGAGCCCUGGGCGUGUAGUGUAACUGGAAUCUCUUGCCCCUCCUGGCCACCUCCUCCCAGCCCCCCAGGAGCUGGGCACGUGUCCCAAGCCUGUCAGUGGCCCUCCCUGGUGCACUGUCCGGAAACCCCUGCUUGGGAAGGGAAGCCGUCGGGUGGGCUAGGACUGACCCUCGGUGUUUUUUUGGGUAGUGGCUGGAAACAGCCCCUCUCCCACGUGGCAGAGGCUCAGCCUGGCUCCCUUCCGUGGAGCGGCAGGGCGUGACAGCCACAGGGUCUGCCCGCUGCAUGUUCUGCCAGGGUGGUGGUGGCGGGGGGUAGGGGUGUGGGGGCCAUCUUCCUCCUGUCUCUUUCCUUUCACCCUAGCCUGACUGGAAACAGAAAAUGACCAAAUCAGUAUUUUUUUAGAUGAAAUAUUGUUGCUGGAGGCGUCCCAGGCAAGCCUGGCUGUAGUAGUGAGUGAUCUGGGUGGGGCGUCUCAGCACCCUCCCCAGCGGGUGUAUCUCAGCCCUCUCUUUCCGUCCUUCCCGUCCAGCCCCAGCCCUGGGCCUGGGCUGCGGGACGCCUAGGCCAGAGCCCCUACUGUGAUUGGUGCUCCCUGGGCCUCCUGGGUGGAUGAAGCCAGGCGUCACCCCCUCGGGGAGCCCUGGGGUGAGCCGCCGGGGCCCACCUGCUGCCAGCCUCCCUCGUCCCUGACAUGCAUCUCACUCUGGGUGUCUUGGUCUUUUAUUUUUUGUAAGUGUUAUUUGUAUAACUCUAAACGCCCAUGAUAGUAGCUUCAAACUGGAAAUAGUGAAAUAAAAUAACUCAGUCUGCA